AUGUCUAACCGUCCAAACGAGUCGAUAGUCGUAUCUAUCAGUCGUCGACAGUCCGACUCCAGGCGCACGUCUGACACCACCCCUAACACCGACUCUGCCGAAGAUAUCUUCGCGCAUUCCUCGGCUACUGAGUGUACGUCCCGUCCGUCCAGACCACUGACCACUACUCGGGCACCGCUUCGAGCAAACAGUAAGGCUAUGGCGGCGCCGAUGCCUGAACUCGAGCCCGUGAUUAGAGCUACCUUUCCUUCAAAUUGCCAUUUGUUCAAUGGAGAAAUGAUAGAAAUGUCGGAAAUAAUAGCCGACAAUAGGAAUGGGAGUCCGGGAGAGACCAUACAUUCGUAUCAGGUGAAGUUAAAGCUGGAAUGGCUCCGGAAAGACGACUCUAUUGAAUGUAUUGACGGCAAGGAAUUUAUCGCAACUGUCCGUCAAUGGAGUGGUACUCAUGAAUGGACAGAC